CUUCCAAUCGUGAAGAGUCGCAUUGAUAUUAAUAAUGAGCGAUGCCAAGGCUUCCCCAUACCCACCAGAAUCGACCGCCUCAUCCCGCGAUUUCGUGCCGUCUCUCUCCCCAGAGUCGCUGCCACCGCACCACCCCUGGUCCUUCGCCCUCUCCCCCGUCCCCAUCCCGCCGAACGAUGACCCCGGUCUUGGUCUUGGGGUACCCGCGCCCGGCAUGAUGCCUCCCGACUCCGACGAAUCCCCCUUGGCCUCCUCCGGGGGAAUGGCCCCGGGCCAUGACGAUACCGGCCUCCCCGAAGACUUCGACGCUCAGAGUCGCGCCAGCUCCCCCGACCCCGGCAGCGUUCCCACCGCGGGGGAGUCUGGCUUCCAUCUCCAUGAAGGCGGACAGGAUCAUCCGCAGGAGGAGGAGAAGGAUGACCCCGCACCGAACGACGACUCGAAGAACGACAAGCCCGCCUGGAGUGAGCUGAAGACGAAGGCCGGCAAGGAGCGAAAACGCCUGCCGCUGGCAUGCAUCGCGUGUCGGAGGAAGAAGAUUCGCUGUUCCGGCGAGAAACCGGCCUGCAAGCAUUGCUCUCGCUCCCGGAUUCCCUGCGUCUACAAGGUCACGACGAGGAAGGCGGCCCCGCGGACGGAUUAUAUGGCGAUGCUCGAUAAGCGGUUGAAGCGAAUGGAGGAUCGCGUGAUAAAAACCAUUCCGAAGGAAGAGACGCGAGAUAUGGCGGCCAUCGGUCGGUCGGUUGUCCGCCCGCCGCAGCCGGGCCAGAAUGCGAAGACGCAGAAGAAACGGUCGGCCGAUGAAGCCUUUGCGGCGGAGAUGGACGGAUGGACUCGCGAGGAUCGUCGAGCACCGCAGGACACCUUCCCCAUGCGCCGGGAAAGCAAACCGACCGAUGCCAAUAAUCUGAUGACCGAAGGGUCGGAAUUCUUACCCUCGUUGGAGAUCCAGGAACAUCUGGCGGAGGUCUUCUUCGACUGCGUUUACGGACAAUCCUAUCUCCUCCUUCAUAAACCCAGCUUCACGCGGCGGCUGAAGGCUCGAACCGUUCCGCCGGUGUUGAUUCUGGCCGUCUGCGCUGUAUCGGCGCGCUUUUCAACUCAUCCGCAAAUCAACUCCGACCCGCCCUUUUUGCGCGGAGAAAACUGGGCAAAUCCCGCUGCAGCCAUCGCCAUGAGUCGCCACGAUGAGCCCAAUAUCACCAUUUUGACCGUCUUUUUGCUGCUGGGUCUUCAUGAAUUCGGGACCUGUCACGGUGGACGGAGUUGGUCAUUCGGCGGUCAGGCUCUUCGAAUGGCGUACGCUCUACAACUGCAUCGGGAGCUUGACUACGAUCCGCUGCUGAGCCAAAACAAUGCCAAUGGGUCGCAGCUCAGUUUCACCGACCGCGAAAUCAGGAGGCGGACGAUGUGGGCUUGUCUUCUGAUGGAUCGUUACAACUCGUCCGGUAGCCAGCGGCCGCCCAUUGGGAACGAGAAGUUCCUGCAAAUCCAACUUCCCAUGAAGGAACCAAACUUUCAGAUGGAAAUCCCGGGGCCCACCGAGGACUUGGAUGGCAAUGUUCCUAACCCCGUGCCCAAGGAUGUCGGGCAGUUGUCGAAUGCCCGGGAGAAUAUGGGCGUGUCGGCAUACAUCAUCCGUGCCGUGGUAAUAUGGGGCCGCAUCGUUGAUUACCUCAACCUAGGGGGGAAGAGAAAAGAUAUGCACCCGCUAUGGUCACCCGAGUCUGGGUACACGCUCCUUAAACGGCAGAUCGAGGAAUUUUCUGCAAACCUCCCGACUUACCUGGCGUUCACAUAUGAGAACCUGCAGAUACACGCCGCUGACAGGAUUGCCAACCAAUUUCUUUUUCUGCAUAUUAUUAUCCACCAAAACAUGCUGUUCCUGAACCAAUUUGCAAUCCCCUUGUCCCCGGGCGGACGGCCUCCUCGGGAUAUGCCCAAGGCGUUCUUGAGCAAUGCCGGGCGAGCAGCCGUGGAGGCAGCUCAUCAUAUUUCUGUACUAAUAGACCGGGCCUCUGCCUACCCUCUUACUGUUCCGUUCGCUGGAUACUGUGCCUACUCGGCCAGCACCGUUCAUAUUUGGGGGAUCUUCUCCAAGAAUGCCCAGCUGGAGGCCCGGUCGAAGGAGAACCUGCGGCAUACGUAUCGGUACCUGAACAAGAUGAAGAAAUACUGGGGGAUGUUCCAUUACAUGGUCGAAAGUGCCAAGGACCGAUAUCGACAGUUCGCAGAUGCCGCCAUCAAGGGCUCAGUGGCCACCCAAAGCGGCGGCCAAAUUACGCCGAUGUUCCAGUACGGUGACUGGUUCGACAAGUAUCCGCAUGGCGUCUCGAGGCAACACUGGGAGGAUCCCGACUCGCAACGCCAGGCGAUGAAUGACGAGGGCGUGAUGAGCCAAAAACCCGACCUCCAGAGCGUCGAGGAUUUCUUCGCCAGCCUCUCUCCUUCACCCCAGGCAAGCAUGGCGCGGCGAUCACAUUCCAGGAAGAGCAGCAAGGUUGACAGCGUGCCGGGUCUGGAUCCGACGACGCCGUCGCGCCCUAUGAUGGACAUCAAUAUGGAGGGUGCCCCGGGCAUGCUAGGCACAUCAGGAACCGGAUUCCCGCAGCCGGCCAUGUUCAACCAGGGUCGUGGGCAACUAUUCGGGCAGUCUCCCUUUGAUUUUCCCAUCCCUACCGACCAAUUGCCCCAGCUGGACCGGCAGUUUGUAUAUGGCUCCUUCUCCGGCUUUGACCCUGCCACCACAUCCUUUGUUCCGCCCGAUAAUCCUGCCAUGUCGGCCGUCAACGGUGCGGAGCCUCCGCCUCCACCUCCUGCUCCACAGGACAAUUCGGCCAUUUUUGCGAGUCAACUGGACCCCAACGCCCCGUCGGGGACGGGCGAGUACUAUCAACCAAGCGCCUGGUUCCUUCCUUUCAACCUAGACCCGGUUAGCGCCGGCGUCAGCCUCGAUGCGCAUCCGUCGCAGCCCGCGGGUCCCGGUCCCGGGGCCGGAGCAGCCGCCCCCGACAUGAACUUCGGCGGCGCAGGGAAUCUCCCUAUGGGCGCAUACGAUCUCGGAAUGGCCGGGGUGGCUCAGCCGCAUAAAUAUACAUGAGACACGGAUCAUGUAGCGGGCGGACCACUCGGGCUGAAUUAUCUUAACCUUUUGUUUUUUCAUCUGUUGCGUGUCUGUUUUUGGCGAGGGUGUAGGAUGGAAUGGGACUGGCCUGGUGGGUUUUUCUUUUUUGGAAAAGACGGAGUUCAGCAUGUUUUACGGCAAGUAUUCUUUUGCCUUGUAUGUACCCUUACCUUCUGUAUUUUGUGUAUAUCCACUUCUUUUCUGUGUUCUGUCGCCAGCUGGGUGAUGUGUGGCAUGGUUUAUUGUGCAUAGUGUCAUGUGCGGGUCGUUGUAUAUCCUGGGACAGGGCAGCGGGAUUUAUAUAGUGAACCGAGCUGUUGAUAUAUGUAGAUGGGAUUUACCGUCACUCAGACAAAUCAUACCGUAUCUCAUUCAACGGCUCCUGGA